GAGGAACGAGAAGAAGAGGAAGCUGGUUUCCCCCAGUAUGCCUCGCGUGCGGUAGACGUUAGUGCGCUUGCGUGGUGUGUGGCCGGUUUUCAGCUCUACGCAAGAUGGCGACGGGCUCCUCGGACCCCUUGGAAGAGAUGCUGCUCUUCACUGAGGAAGUGGAUGAGAAGGUGAUCAGUGAUCUGGUGGGCUCUUUAGAAUCGCAGCUGACAGGCAGAAAAAAUUCCGUCGAGGCGCCUCAGCACAGGACCUUCGCCCCGUCCCAACAGCAGCAGCACCACCAGGGGAGCCUAGUAGGGGGCAGUAGCCCCGUUCGACAGCAGCAAGGACAUCCUGUGCCUUCUUCCACUCCCGGAGCAGAGGAGGCGGCGGUGGGGUGCCCCGGAGUCGCGGAGAGCCGAGCCCCUGUUCAGGGGCAGCUCCCGUUCCCCUCGGUGGCGGUAGUGGCGGUGGCAGGGAGGGGAGUGAGUGUAAAUAGUAGUAGUGUGCAGCAAUCACAUGGAGCGGCUCUCAGCAGCGGCGGCGACAACCCCAGAGCGCUCGCCGCCCUUGCACCGCCACAGCCCGCUGCUCCCCCGCCUGCUAGCGUCUCUGCCCAGUCUGUGAACAACCACGUGGCUGUCGGCGCUGCUGCCCGGGACACGGGGAGCCCCAUCGGCAAUCCGCCCGCCGCCAACAGCGGGGUACUGCCUCUGCAGCGCAAUGAGACCGCGGAGGGUAGCGGGACCUCGGCGGGGGGCGGUGGGCCGGAGGGAGCGGCGGAGACUGCUUCUGCCGCCACCACGUCACUCCCCGGCAAGGCGGCGCCCAACGGGGAGGGUGCCUGGGGCCAGCCGGCGGCAGUCCCAUUAGCCAGCAGCCACGGCAGAGGCGAUGCCGCUACGUCACAGACCAAGCUCGCGCACGGCCCGCUCUCCGCAGUAAACGCACUCGGUACCUCAACUAGCCCCGUGCCUGCCACCCCACCGGGGCAGGGCUCGACUGCCAACUGCACUCCGCCGGGCCCCGCCGCGCCCAAGCUAGCGGUUAGCGCUGCCCCUUCAACCGCCCCCCAGGCCCUAUCACCCCGUCUGGCGCUAGGCGCUAGCUCCAGAAUCGUGGCCCCGCAGCUGAUCGUGAGGCCGCCACAGCAGACCACCAUCCAGCUGCAGCCCGGUUUCACCAUCCCGCCCGAUAUGGUCUUGGUGCGCAUGGAUGUUGGACAGCUUGUAAUGAUGCCUCAGCAGGCUCUAGCACAGGCUCAAAUGCAGGCUCAAGUACACAUGCAGGGACAGGGUCCUGUCAGCAUGUCUCAGAGACUUGCUGUGCCCACAACUGGCCCUGUUUUUCACCUAUCAACAACUCAGCAACCAACUUCUGUAGCCACAUCUACUGUUCACCUGGGACUUCCAGUGCAAGCCAAAUUUGUUCAGUCAGCUGUUACACCUGUCAGUGGUACAUCUGCUGCGACUCUGCCAGGAGGCUCUAUUCUCUCCCAUACCACAGUAAGUAGUAACAAUAUAAAAACCAAAAGAUGUGUGAAGAAAAGGAUGUUUGUAAUUACAUGUUUUUUCAGAAGUGAAUUUUCAGAGCAUGCAUUGAUCCUGAUUGCAAAAUAUCAUAGGUCUGAUACUUCUUUUCUUUGGCUUUUGCAGGAAAUGCAAGAGAAUGUGAAAAAAUGCAAAAACUUCUUAGCUACCCUUAUAAAACUUGCUUCUCAUAAUUCACCAUCUCCAGAAACAUCCCAUAAUGUGAAAGCUCUAGUUCAAGAUUUGUUGGAUGCAAAGAUUGAUCCAGAAGAAUUUACAGGCCGCCUUCAAUCAGAACUCAGGUCAUCUCCUCAGCCGUAUCUCAUACCUUUCCUUAAGAAAAGUCUACCUGCACUGAGACAAUCUUUACUGAACAGUCAACAUUCAGUUUUGCAAGGACAGCCAUCUCAGCAGUCACUUCAACAAACCAGGCUAUCACAAGUUAUACCUCAAUCUGCCUCUGGAAGCAUUUCCUCUGUUGUCACCAAACAGACAAUAGGAAUAAGGCAACCAAACAACAUUUGCACAGUCUCUGUAUCAAAUACAGUGCAGCCUCCUCAGGUUAAGUUGGUACAAUCCAAUCAGAGUUCUCAACUGCAUAUUAUCCAGUCAACCUCUGCUCAAACUGUGAAACGAACCCCUGCUUGCCAGACUACCCAGAUUAGGAUGCCAGUGGUAAUAACUCAGACCAUUAGACCACAAGGCACACUAGGGAAGGCACCAACAAUACAAGCCAGCAAAAGUCCUGGCGGCUUUUGUGUUCAGGUCUCUGCAAAUCAGAAAAACAAGCUGAAUGACCCUGGAGGUGGUUCUUUCAGAGAUGAUGAUGAUGUCAAUGAUGUUGUCUCUGUGGCUGGUGUUAAUCUUAAUGAAGAAAGUGCCUGCAUUAUGGCUACCAACUCUGACUUGGUUGGAACCCAGAUACAGUCUUGUAAAGAUGAACCCUUUCUUGCUGCCAUGCCUCUACAUAAACGCAUACUUGAAAUGGGUGAGAACCAUGUCCUUUCCUUUUGAUAGUGUUUCCUUUGGAGUAAUGGAAUAUGCUUAGCACUUGAGAUUGUUUUUAAAGCAUUUUAUUACAUGAUCUUGUAUUACUAAACUUUCACGGUUUUUGUAAUAAAAGUUACUUAGUCUGGUUACGUCCCUCACGUCUUCGACUGCCUGUAUUCCCACAAUUUAGUUAUAUCAAGUUGCAAAAAAAUAGUAUACUGGUGCUUUUAAACUUCAAGCUUUCCCUGUGCUUUUUGUGUUCAAGGAUCUCAAAGCUCUUUGCAAACAUUAUUUCUCUCACAAUCCUCCUUCAUGUU